UCCAUGUUCCCCUCUUUAUUUUAUUCCUUCCCUCUUCACAACUCCGCUCCCCUUUAAUCUUUCUUGGAGAAUGGUGGUCUCUCUCUCUUUCUCACAUACCCUUUUCCAUAAUACUCAAGAGAGAGCAAAAACAGAUUAAUCCUAUGGAUCGUGCCAUAUCAGAAACCCAACCCUCAAACCCAUUAUCUUCUGCAGCUACAAGCUCCAGCAGUAUGUGUAGUACCAGCAGUGAGGCCGGUGAUAGCCCGGUAACAUCCCUCCGUUUUGAGCUCCAGGAUGAUAGGUAUCAAUUGUCUUGUAGAACUGCUUCCGGGUCAUACUCGUAUCGAUCUUUGGCUGUACUCUCCGGCCAUAUUGGCUCAGUUUCCUGCUUGGCCUUAUGCGGGGAGUUCAUAUUGAGUGCUUCACAAGGCAAGGAUAUCAUAGUCUGGCAGCAGCCGGAUUUAAGGCUAUUCACAAAGUUUGGACAAGGAGAUGGCUCGGUGAAGGCGCUUGUAACGGUUGGAAAUAAGGUCUUUACAGCGCAUCAAGAUAGCAGGAUUAGAGUUUGGAAGGUGUCAAGAAGGUCAGAGAAUAUAUUCAGACUUGUCGACACCCUCCCAACCACUAAGGAUUAUUUGGGGAAGUUCAUGAAGCAAAGCAAUUAUGUCCAAACUCGGCGACACCACAAGAAAUUGUGGAUUGAACACGCAGAUAGUAUCUCUUGCCUGGCAGUCCAUAAUGGGUUGAUUUACUCGGGUUCGUGGGAUAAGACACUUAAGGUGUGGAGGCUAUCAAACUUGAAGUGCUUGGAAUCGAUCAAUGCCCAUGAUGAUGCAAUUAAUGGGUUGGUGGCAAUUAAGGGAACUGUGUAUUCGGCUUCUGCGGAUGGGAAGAUUAAAGCUUGGGGAAAGGUCGGGAAGAGCUCACAUUCUUUGAAGGGGAUUUUGGAGGGACAUAAGGACGUUUCAAUUAAUUCAGUAGUAGUUUCUGAGGAUGGAAGAUGGGUUUAUGGAGGGGGAUCAGAUGGUUUUGUGAUGGGGUGGGAGGGGAGUGGGAACUUGUCGAGUUGGAAGGCAAUUUGUGAGACAAAAGCACAUCGAAUGGCUGUUCUGUGUAUGUGCCUGAUGGGAGAGAUUUUGUGCAGUGGCUCUGCAGAUAAGAGUAUUGGUAUAUGGAAAAGGGAGAUUUAUGGCAAGCUUAGUAAAGUUGGGGUCAUAAGUGGACAUGAAGGUCCAGUCAAGUGUUUGCAGCCAUCGGCAAGUAAUGUUGGUGGUGGGUUCUUGCUCUAUAGUGGAAGCCUUGAUAAAAGUAUAAGAGUUUGGUGGGUUCCCAAUCACUCUGCUAAUAGAGAUGAUACCUCUCCAACAGAAAAUACAGCGAGGAAGUCAAUCGUUUUGUGUUAGGAAAUUCUGUCUAGCUUCGAGUAACGGAGCACCGGUUCCCAUUUUACAGUGUCUGCAGUGCUUCCAAAACUGAGUAUUGUAGUUGUCUCUUGUCCAUAGUCAUACAAACAUCUCAGAGUUUGCAGAGAAUCGAGAGCAAAAAGAAGGGGUAUAGUUGAAGAUUAAAAUGUCUUGAGAAAUGCUUUCUUGGUUUGAGAUCUUAUUGUGGUGUCAUAGGAUAAAGUUUGAAGGAUACGAUAAAGUGGAGUGAUAUUGUUUGUGUUUGUGUUUGUAUUUUUCCUUUUUCCAGUCUUGUCCGAUAUUUACAUUUCUUGCCAAUUGUAAUUAGAAAUUGAGAGAAUCAAUCAAAGAAAAAAACUUAUACUCUUUGUUGGUUG